AUGCUGCUUACCAAACUUGUCGCAAAGGGAAACCCAUUCACAAUUAAUAUGUUCAAUGAGUCUGUCUUAAUUCCACGACAGAAGACAUGUGCCGUGGUUGGUAACAGUGGGAUUCUCUUGAAUAGCAGUUGUGGUAAAGGGAUCGACUUCAAUGACUUUGUUAUCCGCUGUAACCUUCCGGACAUUGAGAAGUUUAGUCAUGAUGUUGGAAAGAAGACGAAUAUUAUUAUUCUUGACAAAACAAGAGUUUAUGAUAUAUUCAGUUAUGCGAAGAAACACAGUGAAACUCCAAACCUCUUAAACAAUUUUAUUUUCCUAAAUAACACUGUACUUUGGUCAAGUAGUUCAAAUACCUCUAUUAGAUACAGACGUCUAGUUUAUUCAACAAAAUAUCUCAAAGAACAAUUUGACCUGAAUUUCAAUGUGACUUACUCCAGCUCGUUAAGACCGUGUUUUAGGUUAUUGAAAAUCAAAAGUAUGGUAACCGCGGGGAUGCAUGCCGUGUGUUCUGCAUUGCGUCUUUGUGACAGAGUCAGCAUUUACGGAUUCUAUCCCUUUCCCACUCGACCAGAUGGCAGUAUUGUCCCCUAUCACUAUUAUGACGAACUGACUUUAUCGUCUAAAACACGACAUGAUUUUAACAAGGAGCACUCAGUUCUUCAGUCAUUGGGCAAAGAUGGACUUUUACAUUUUGUAUCUGACAAAUGCAAUACAUGA